GGGAUCGGUCAACGAGUUUGAAAGCAUCGUGGAAGCUCACUGUAGCGAGCUGCGUAAGGAUGGCACACUCAGCUUGAUUGGCCGACUCCACCACAAUGUUAUAAAGGCUGGCCUUCGUGGCAUCAACCUUAGCUAUAGCAAGGUCCCUAUGGAGGAGGUGAUGCAGAAGCUUGGCUUGAAUAGUCGAGAAGAGGCCGCUGGAGUUGUUAGUAAGGCCAUUGCUGAUGGUGUUAUUGACGCCACUAUUGAUGAUGAUGGGGACUUCAUGCAGUCGUCGUGGAGCACUGACGGGUACUCUGGUUCGAGCCCGCAACGACACUUACACAAGCGUAUAGCCUUCUGUUUGCAACUACAUACGGAGACGGUCAAAGCUAUGCAAUAUGCUGAUACUUCUAUGCUGAAGAGCAACAACAACGCAAGUAACGACGCCGACGAGUUGGCCCAGUUGUUGGAGCUCGAUGGGUCGGAUCUGGAUGAUGAUGACGACCUCGAUUUCUAG